AUGUUAACCCAUAUUGUCUUCCUUGCGACCCUCGCGGCGGGUACCCUCGCCCAGCAGGAGAUCAGCUGCUUCUGUCGCGAACAGGCAUCCAAAAAAGUCCGCGUUGACUGGACGACAUCUGCAUGCCACGACCAAGGCUAUAUGAGAGGCGAUGCAUGCAUUAUCGUAUCCGACCCUGUGCGAAACAAUGACUUCCAAAACGAUUGCCUCGAGAUCGAUGGCUUGCAAACUGCAGAGUGCGGACCAUGA